GCGAUGUCGUGGUCGUGCCGCCCCUGGAGAGGAGCUACAAGGCGCGGGUGCUGGGCCACUACCCCGACCACGCCCCGACCGCCAUGCCCUUCGACAACCACGCGGUCCAGAUGCUCUGUCUGCCGCGUGGGUUGCAGUUCCGGACUCAGAAACAUGUACUGGAGCCCAAAUUCCACCCCUUCCUCGUCACCAAGGAAGAUGGCUCGCGGGCACAUGGCUUUGCAUAUGUGUUCUAUGAAGAGGUCAACUCAAAGCAGAUAUGCACUGCCAUGCACACUUUACAAUCUGUGUACUUGACGGAGAUGUCAAGUAGCCAUGCCAAAGCAGCAUCAGGAGCAACUCCAGACAAAAGAGACACAAGAUCUCUGCCUCGCCAGUUCCGUCUGUCAGCUCCUAAGUCACCAGCUGCUCUCCACUUCUAUGACAUAACGAAGGAUCAGCUGUAUGUCACAAAAUGCAUUGCCCUUGUUGGACAGCACCCAUAUGUAAACUCUGCCAAAAAAUUUCUUAAAGGUCUAUAUAGGUUUUUCAUACAGUGUGAAAGUGGAGGUGUAAGUUUAGAGUCUCAUGUAUACAACUUGCUCUACGAGGUGCCAGCACCGCCCCACGGUCGAUGUGUGGCAUUUUCCUGUUUUGGGAAGAUGCAGGUGUGUCAGUGCCCCACCAGUCAGGAGCUUCCAUUGUUUGUGUACUCCUUGAAGGAGUUCUUCACAGUCCUCAAUGUAGAAAGUGUUGUACAGCUUCUUACAUGUGUACUGCUUGAAAACCAAAUUAUUCUAGUGUCUAGUGAUUACUACAAGUUGAUGCUGGUCGCGGAGAGUAUAUGUGCGCUGAUGUUUCCGUUUGUUUGGCAACACGUUUAUGUGCCAAUCUUACCUGCCUCUCUACAUCACUUCCUUGAUGCCCCGGUGCCUUUUAUCAUGGGCCUGCAGUGCUCCAACGACUCAAGGGAUACAAUUCAGAUCCCAAAUGAGGCAAACCUGUGUUUGGUUGAUGUGGAUGAAGGCACCGUAGAAGUACCUGAAGAUCUUCCUCAGUUUCCUCACAAAGUAGACUUCAUUCAUGAACUCACACAAUUACUUUUAAAGUGGGAAGUUCCAGCUGGUAAACUGGAUAGGAACUUGAACGAGCAUCACUCUCAGUACAAGUACCGCAGGAGACGGAAGUGCUCCUGGUCCCACGACUCGGACUCGGGCGUGUCCAGCACAGAGGGAUCCAUCAGUGGGUCUCACUCCUCCAUCACUUCCCUCCCUCCUUCUUCAGUAGCUUCUUCCACCUCCCCUGCACAAGGUCCCCCGAGUAGUAGCAGAAGUCACCAUUUUGACACCCUGCACCUUUCACCACAGCUUAGGGAAAUAACAGCAAUUGCACGGAAGGCCGGUGUAUAUGACGGUGAAGAAGUUGAUGGAGUCAGACGGGAGCGAGAGAACGAGAUGUUAGAGGACCUCAAGCUUAACAAUGCUGUCCGAGAAGUGUUCCUCAAUAGAUUUGUCCACAUGUUUUGUGCCUAUGACCAUUUUGUCAUUCAGCCAAAUUGUCAUGAAAUGGACAUGGAGCAGUGGCUUAGUUGUCGGGAAUCCAUGCAGAACUUUGACAAGGCAACAUUCCUCUCAGACCAGCCAGAAGCUCAUCUUCCUUUCUUGUCACGAUUCAUUGAAUCUCAGAUGUUCACGACAUUGGUGGACAACAAGAUCCUCUCCAACUGGGGCAAGCACGACACGAAUCUACGUGUGUUUGAUCUACGCAUCCGGUUCCUCAGAUAUGAUGACAGUUUAGUUCGCACACCAUCAUAUGAGCCAUGCACAACAAUCAGAGAAACAGAACAAAUCUUGGAAAAAAGAAUGUCUCACAUCGACUACCGAGCUCCUGCCCCUCAGCCCAUGGACCCACUGGCAGAGUCAUGCACGCAGUUCAACCCAGGGCACUUCCCGCUCUUAGACAGAAUAGCUCUCAAUAAGGAACCACACAAGAGUAAGAAGAGGAGCAGUCAUGCCUGGAGGAGACGAGAAAGACAGGAAAGACACCUCGAGCAUACUGGCCUAUCCAGUGAUCAACGUGAUAGGAUUAUGCAUGACGCCAAGUCCAAGCUACAACCAAAGUUAGCAGAUAUGUCACCUGCUCAUAUGGCUCAAACCAAUUGGAAUUUUGUCGAACAGUUGUUGAAGGAAUGCAAGACGAGAACCAAAAGAAUGCUAGUGGAAAAGAUGGGUUCCGAGGCUGUAGAAUUAGGCCACGGAGAAGGAAGUCUUGUGGGUGUGGAAGAAAACACACUCAUAGCAUCUCUGUGUGACCUCCUAGAGAGGGUUUGGGCUCAUGGUCUCCAAAGCAAGCAGGGCAAAUCCGCUCUUUGGUCUCAUCUCCUAAACUAUCAAGAGCUGGAGGAAUGUAAUGAUUCUACUAAGCCUGUGAAUCCAAAUUUCCUCUCUCCAGUUCCCCAAAACUCCGCACCAAAGAUUAGCAGUAUGUCACCAUUGUCGGAGAUUCUCUUGUCCAUUAAAUCUGGUAACAUUAGUGGUCUUGGGUCUCUGGCUUCUCAAUUAGCAAAUAAUUUUGAUCUCUCAACAAUGGCAUUAGAAACUGAAAGUGCUCCAGCAUCUCCCACCAAAUCUCCAAGCAACACUAACAGCCUGAGAAAGAAAUCCUUACAAGAAAGAUGGCCAAGUGACCGUAGUAUAGAGCGGAGGUCAAGACAGUCUGAAUCUGGAGUCCCCACUCUACGGCCACUUCCUAUUUCCAUAACCUUCGACAUGCGCAAUGUCCUGGCCAUGACGGAGAUAAAGACACAUAUAGGGUAUGCAAGAGCAUGGGUGAGACUCUCCCUCGAGAAGAAAGUUCUUUCCAAAAAUCUGACGACUCUGCUGAGUGACUCGGAGCUGCUUCGGAGUCUCUACAAGCGUUAUGCAUUCUUGCGAUGUGAUGACGAGAAAGAGCAGUUCCUCUCGUACCUUUUGUCUCUUAAUGCAGUAGACUACUUCUGCUUCACAAAUACAUAUACCACAACAAUUGUGCCAUAUCGUGUGGUGAUCUUCCCAUCACGUAAACUGAGUGGUGCCAGCACAUCAGCCAAUGCUUGGGUUAGCCUUGGAGGAACCCUUGGCCAAACAAACAACAUUGCAGUGCCGAAAGGCCAAGUUGAACUCGUCUUUCAGCACAAGAACCUUGGAUUGCUAACUACACUUCGGAUUGGACAUGACAACACUGGGAUGUCUCCAAAGUGGAUGGUAGAACAUGUACUAGUCAGAAAUGAAGUCACAGGACAUACUUGGAAGUUCCCCUGUGGAAGGUGGUUGGGCCGCGGCAUUGACGAUGGUUCCCUUGAGCGAAUCUUAGUGGGAGAGAUUGUACCAUCCCACGUAACGUCAGAUGACCUUGUGGAAUCUUGCCGCACUCCUCCACGCUGCAGAUCACCUAACAUGCCCGGCCCUAGACGGUCGGACCUUAAACUCACUGUGCCAGAGAUACAGCAGCAUCUAGGUGACUCUGUCAAUAAUUUAGUAAAGUACUUCUACAAGCCAGAGAAAGAAAGAGGUAGUCUGACAUUGUUACUCUGUGGUGAUUUUGGCUUGGUGUGUUGCCUAGAACAAGUAUUCUCGUAUGGUUUUAAGUCUACACGUUUCUUUGGCAAGAAUCUCUACCUUUGGGAUUAUUUUGAGCGAGUGCAGCAACAUUUUGAGGUGAUUCUUCGUGAAGACAUGGAAAGAGAACAGCUGACUGGCAUUGCUCGUGAUGGCCGAGACCACGGCCUAGCAAGCAUGGAUGAAUUUGUCUCUCUUGUGUCUCGCAUCAAUGCUUCUUCAUCUCACCUUGGAAAGGAUGAUAAAUUCCAACUUUUUGUUUGCCUUGCUGCAAGAGCACAUCUACUGCCAAGAAUUUUAUUACCUUUGCAACGUUCACCAGUUACGAGUCACAUGUACGAUGACUCCUCAUUCCUCAGAGAUCCUCAAUUAGUCCGAGAUCUUAUUAAUGUCUUGUCUGCUCUCAAUGAGUUCAACAUUGUGUUGGAAAGAUCACUAACAAGAGGAAUAGAUUAGACGACUGCAAUUGUUCAGAAUUUCCCAAAGGGAGAUUAGUGCCAUUGUAUUCCAAGCUGUCCAGCAUUUAGGUCCUUGCAUGACUGAAUGCAAGAAGAAAAGUAGAUAAGAGGACUUGUCAAUUUGUGUAAAAGUAGGGUGUUAAGGAACAAAUGCAGCAAACGGGUGACUUGUGAACAGGAUGAGAAUCAAGAAAACUUAUGAAGAUUGUAUAAUUUUGAUAAUAGAGUGUGUAUAGAAAAGGAUGGACUUUUGUAAGGAAGAAAAAGAUAGUUAUUAUCACUUGAUGAUAUGUGAUCCCUUUUGUUUUUAAGCAAUAGUUUAUUAGUCAUAGUUCCAUUGUCCAGCCUGCUAUAUACACAUGCAUGAACUUGUGAACUUGGAGUGUGGACGAUACAUUGAUGGAGCUUCUAUCAAAAUUAUGAGUUUUCUAUGUAACUCAUUUGACCUUCGAACAAGCAAGCAAUACUCAGAAGUUAUUUAAAAUGUAUUCUAGAUCAUUAUAGGCAAAAUUAUAUAGUAUUAAUCGCCUCUAAGUUUGCUAUUUUUAAAGGAAAUGUCAUAGACGCACAUAUUUUUUUAACAGUUACAAAAAUGUAGGACUAAGGAUGUUAGAUGUGCAUCAUUAUUUUUACCAUCUUGAGGGUACAGUACGGAUUGCAUAGUGAAUGUUUAUUUCUCUCGUAAUAAAGUCAGUGUUCGGUGUAGAGCAAAUUUCUUGCUUUUUAUUUUUUUUAAGGAGAAAUAUUAAGAGUUCAUUUUAUUUUUAAUGAUGUUUAAUAAUACUCUCAUCUAAAUGUUAAGUUAUUGGAUAUAACGAGAUAUUGCUAUAGAAGCUGUUGAUAGUAAUUUUAUUAUUUUUUAAUGGAAUUUUAUCACAUUACAUCUGAUAUUGACACUACAAUGUAGUUUUAUUUUAAAUCUCAUUCGCCACUUUGAGAAAUAUCCAUAUGAAGUGUUUAUGGAAAAAAGACCAUCAUUGGAAAAAUUUGACAAGACAAAAUUAAACUGGUGUUACAAUAGAGUAUUUGGUUCAGUACAUGCAUUCCAAACCACUCUUUAGGUUUAAAUGUGUACUGGAGAGUUUUUAAGUAAGGGUUUUGUUUUGAGAUGUGUCAGAUAGCCAAAAAUGGUUUUAAGGAGGAGGAAAUCAAGUCAGAACCGUUUUUAAACUUUUCGCAUUAGGUUACUUAUAACCGUAGAUGCAUACUUGUAUGUAAGUGGUAUCUUCACCCUAAUCUUGGAUAGGGUGUGCAGUCCUUUUAGAUUUGUCAUGUAGCUUCAUUUUUAUUAGUAUGUAUAUUUUACUUAGUGAGAUUUAUAAACCAAAGUUGCUGAUUUUGUGAUAAGAUUUAAUUUUUCCUUUUUUUCUUGCAUGUGCUGAAUUGUUUUUAGGCAUUUGUUUUAAUUUUAUGUCAGCAGUUACUAUUCUCUUCUUUUUUUAUUAUUGUAACUGUAUUAUAAGAUGACUGUACCUUUGUUAUGGUGAACGGUUGUCACAGCAUGAUGUACUAAAUAUAUUCAUAUAUUUUAAUGUAAGUUAUUUGUUAAUCUAGAAUUGUGAGGUAGAUGGUGAGUUGUGACAGUAAUUACGAGCAAAUAUGAGUCGCAUAUUCAGUAAUCCAGUUGAAUCUUGUGUUUGCAGACCUCUUAGCAGUGUUCUGACUGGAUGUUGGAGUGCCAUACUAAUUAGCUAAAAAAUCUCUGCGUAUCCCUGAAGCUGUGAUACCCGGCGUGUUCAUAAUCAUGUCGCAAGACUUGCAAAAUUUACCUUUUCAUGGAUUUUUACUUUGUUAACUACCUACCAAAGAUGGGAUGCAAACUUUGAAUUUUGUGAUUAUGAAUACAGCCAUUGUCAGUGCCUGCACCGUGACCUCUCUCCAGGUCGCGAAAGUUGCCUGACAUUACUCAACUGUUUAUUCGAGUACAAAAGUGGUACUCUUGCAGUAAUACUGACUGUAUUGCAAUUGUCAUUGGCUACCCAGACUUAAUGUAAGUUUGUGUGUACAGAAAGGUUAAGUCACAAUUUGUAUCUUAUGAUUUUAAAGCAAGGCAAUAUUAAUUUUGUACUUAUAGUACAAUGUGUUACACUUGUUAAAAAGUGUGUUGAUAUACUUAAAACAGGAAUUUGCUAUAGAUGUCAUUAGAAGACAGUUUAUCCUAUUUAUGUUAUGAGGUUGAAAUUAUAGCAAAGCCAAUGCUCAACUGUCCAGUAAUGACAGUGUGAAUGUGUAUAUACAUGUGCUGCAUGAAGUGGAAAUCUUAAAGAAGUAAAGUCAUAAAUAUAGUU